GCCGAGCCCUCCGAAGAAGCCUGCACGUCUCUCCCUAUUGGCUGACUAGGGGCUCGUGACCCGCUGUUCCAACGGCCGCCCGCGACUGGGGUCCCCCCUCCCCCUCCAACUCCUUUUCGCCGCCUCAUUGAGCGUCAGCGGCGCGGGCCGAGGCCGGUGUGGAGAAAUGGCAAAGAGAAUUGCAGAGAAGGAGUUGACAGACAGGAAUUGGGAUCAAGAGGAUGAAGCUGAGGAGGUGGGAACUUUUUCAAUAGCUAGUGAAGAAGUCCUGAAGAACAGAGCUAUUAAGAAAGCAAAGCGCCGAAAUGUUGCGUCUGAGUCUGAAAGUGGAGGAGCUUUUAAAGGGUUUAAAGGUUUCAUUAUACCUUCUGCAAAAGGAGGAGGUGGCUUCACUGGAUUCGGUAAUGGUACAGGAUUAAAGCCUUUAGAAGGGCUAUCUAAUGGAAGCAGUGGCAUUUCUAAUACUCCACCUUUCAUCAGUUUAAAGACAACUUCUGAAACCCAGUCUGUAUUUGGGUCUGCUACAUCCAAUGGUCCAACUGCUACUGGCUUGGUUGAGAAAAAGACUGCAAGUCCAAAAGCUAAUGGUGGCAGUCAGCAGUCAUCUGGUUACCCUCAGAGUAAAAUGUGCAGCUGUAGUCUUUAUUAUGAACAUUUAACUGCACUAAACUGUUCUGUGCGUGACUGGAUAGUAAAGCAUGUGAACACAAAUCCACUGUGUGAUCUGACACCUAUCUUUAGAGACUAUGAGAAAUAUUUAGCAAACAUUGAACAACAGUAUGGAAGCAGUAGUGAUAGUGGUUCUGAGAAUGAAAAUAACAAGACAGCACCUGGAACUCUGUCUGUUUCUACAUUUGGGACUUCAAAACUUCAGCAAGGAUCAACAUUUUUGUUUAAUAGCAACAAAACUGAGGAUACAUCAGACAAGAAAAUGGAAUCUGUGUCAGAAAAGAACAGAGAACCAACACCAGGAGUUGCAUCAACCAUCUCAUUUAAUUUUGGCAAGAAAGUUGACAGUUCUGUUUUGGGUUCUCUUGGUUCCGGAACGCUAAGUAGUUUCUCCUUCUCCCCUGGGAAUUCCCGUCUAUUUGGAAAAGAUACAAGUCAGACAAAGUCUGUUACUCCACUUCCAACCAAUGUAUUGGAGGCUCAGACAGAAAGUGGUAGUAGUGAUGAUAAAGGAGGAGAUGAAGAUGAGGAGGAACCACCCAAAGUAGUUGUUAAUGAAAUAAAGGAAGAUGAUGCUUUCUACUCUAAGAAGUGUAAACUGUUCUACAAAAAAAAUAAUGAAUUUAAAGAAAAGGGCAUAGGAACGCUACACUUGAAGCCUGCAGGAAACGAGAAAACUCAGCUGUUAGUGCGAGCAGAUACCAAUUUAGGCAACAUACUCUUGAAUGUUUUGAUUCCACCCAAGAUGCCAUGCACGAGAACAGGAAAAAACAACGUUCUUAUUGUCUGUGUUCCCAAUCCACCAGUUGAUGAGAAGAACCCCACUGUCCCCAUCACUAUGUUAAUAAGAGUGAAAACAAGUGAAGAUGCAGAUGAGUUGCACAAAAUCUUACUGGAGAAAAAGGAGGCAAGUGUUAUGGUCAAGUGAUCUCAAGAAUUUUUGCCAAACUGCUGCUGCUCUUUUUUUUUUCCUCAACUUUGUUAGAAUACUUAACUUUCUACUCUGACAUUCUAAGAACUAUCAUAGGAAUUCUGGAAGGUUUUGUGGGGAAAGCUAAAAUGGCUAAUAAACAUUUUAAUAGAACAUGUGUCAAUCUGUCCUCCCUCCCUUUUGAAAUACCUAAAUGCAUGAACUUUAUCUGAACAAAAUGUACAUGCUUAAAUUAGAUCAUUUCUUUGUAACACUGAGCAAAAGUGACUGCUGAAUGGACUACAAUCAGGAAAAGUGUGGUACCAGACAUUUCUUGUAGAUAGAUUUUACAGUGCAAUGCAGUAACCUCCUGUUCUUGAAAAGGGAGGAGGUUAAUUUAACUCAUAAAACUAUAUUUCUAGCCUGAAUAGAAUUUUUUUAAUAUAAAAUUGGUGUCAACUUUCCAGUAAAAAGUCUAAACUUUCAAACUCUUAACUGAAAUCGUAUCUGAAUAGCAAAGCUAUUGUAGGUUACAGUCUUUAAAUUUGGAAGGACGACUGUUUUUAACAUUCGGAGACUGCAUUUUUCAUUCUUAGAAGAAAAUGAUCUGACUGCUCUCGUUAUUCCUGUUCAUUGGCUGUAGCAUUCCUGGGAAGCAUUGUCAGUUUUGUUGUGCUUCAUUAGGGUGCAAUAGUAUCAGCCGGAAACUGGAGUAGUACAUUCAUUCAAACCACAACUGGCACUACUUGUUGACGGAUCUUAAAGACUAAGAGUAGUGACUCUACUAGUCCCUCUUUCCAUAGGUUACCUGCUCUCCAGUUCAUGUUUCAGAUGCAUUCUGGGGGAGUUGUAUUUCCAUUUCCCAGACUGUACCUGGUCUUUUGAUAAGUCUUGGUGAUCUUAGGAUGUCAUCUUUUAUAAAACUGAAUUUUGAUGCCCCUUGACAUUUUUCUUUCUUGUAAAAGUCUCUGAAUGUGGCCAAGAGCUUCUCUGUUAAACUUGAGUUACAACACUAAUACAUAGCUGAGUCUUCCCAGAUGUAAUAAAGCAGCAAUACACUACUUGCUUAUAUCCAAUAUUGAUAAGUACUGUAGAGAUUAGUUGUAAUUUUAUAGCUCUUGGGACACUCAUUGUCCUGGGCUUGCAGGAAGAUCAAGGUAUGAAGGAUGUGGCUUAUACAGGCUAGAAUUUUUUUAAUUUUAAUUCCAUUGGGGAAAUAUUGGAUCUAAACAGAAUCAGAGAGCUGGCAGGGAUUUAAAGGAUAAUUUUGUCUAAUCCCCUGCAUAAAUGCAGGAUAUGCUGUUCCUAAAACGAUUAGUAGUGCAAGUUAUCGUGGCUUCUUUCUUCACUCUUCCAUCUGUUUGUCAAUGGCUGCUGCCAUCAAUUUUGCAUAAUUUCAAACCUGGUCCCAGCUCAUUGUGACUCUAAAAGGGCUGGGAGGAAAAGAUUUUUUUUCUUUUUUCUAUUUUUUUGAUGUCCCAGAUAUUAGGAGCCCAAGUCUAAAAUCUGUUUUAUGGGAUGCCUUGCCACUAAGUCUGCUUCCAGUUCUGAUUUAUUGGGGAACCCAAUAAGCUAUUGAACAUCUGCCAGGUUGUGGCAGUUUAAACCAUACUCCUGUACACUAUCCAACUGUGUCCUGCUAUGGGAGUGGAGGGCAAACACCACCACCAAUUUGUCCCUUGUGCUGAGAAAAGUGUCUACUACAAGGGUUGGCAACACCUGUCUGGGGUCAUGUGAUCCCAGCGUGUGCUCCAACCAGUGGCGUGAGGUUAGAUUAGAUGAUCUAUUCAGGUCUCUUCUGACCCCUAACUACUACGAAACUAUGAAACAGCUUGGUCCUAAAGCCUGCUAGAGACAGCAGUUGUUAAUGUAUUGUGCCACUAGAUGGUGCAUUUCUUCAGGGCAGAUGGUCAGCAAUUUCUUAAGCUGUGAGCUAGGAUGACCCUGGCCAGGUCAGGUGCGAAGGCAGAUACUAGGACCCAGUUUCUGCUGCUUCUCCCUCCCCCACCAAAACCAAAUGCUGCUGGAGCUGCACAUGUCUGCAAGCUGCUUCAAAUAGCUCUGCAGGUUGGAUCUAGCCUAUAGGCCACAGGCUGUUGGCCCCUAGUUUAGGGGCUAUGUUUACAUUUACUAUCCUAGUAUACUUGGCAGGCCAGAAAUCUCUUCACAUGCUGGAUCUAGCGCACAAACUAGGUUGUCAACCCUUGAUAUAAUGCAACGUCCUAUCUUAUUCUGGUUUCAUGUGUGGGGUGAUUAUAGUUGCUUCUCUAAAAAUGAGGAGUCUUUGCCUGGUAGGACAAGAAAAGUUAUAUUCUCCAAUUUGUCUACAGCUCAAGUAGAAGAGCACAGACAGGGGGAACUCUAAAGGGAGCUGCAGUCAGUCUCCCUCCCUUACCGUUUGACCAGACAAAGCCUCCUGCCCUUUGCUUGCUUUAAAAAGCAGCUUCUGAAACGUAAAAGCAUUUAAUGUGUCAAACUGGAAGGAAGCUUAUACCAAUUUUAAUGCAAGUUGGUGCCUUUUCUGCAGUUGGUUAGGUAUCUUAGCACUAACUGUAUGUAUGGUUAGCUCCCUCAAGGUAAGGUUGUUUUUUUUUUUGUUUUUUUCAUCUUUCCCGCCCCCUUGAAAUUUUGUAGUUUUGCUGGUACCUGGAUUUGAAUAACUUAAUGGUUUUGCUUGUUAAUUUUGUGUGAAUGAGAAUCAGAAUCUUGUGCAAGUUGUUACAGGCUCAGGUUGAAUGGCUAAGGGCUCAAAUAAUUUUGCUUUUGUUGUUAGAAUAUAAUGUCUUAAUUAAAUAUAAAUCUCAGUGAAAAAAAUUGUUCUUUAGGCUGCAAAUCACUGGAUUUUAAAGGGAAUACUAUCCUUUUGUGAUAAGCAGACUUGUUAUGCACCUCAAACUUUAAGAGCAAUUAUGUAUUGGACUGUUACAGGUGUAUCUGCCUGGUAUUUGUUUACUUUCUAAAGCGCAAGUAAAUGUAGUAACAAUCUGCUCUUCAGCAGUUGAGAUAUGGACCAAUUAACAGAACGAUGAUUUAUUAAGGGAGGCAAAUUAAACUUUCCACAUGGCCUUUGCACAACCAUCCUCACUAAUUUGCCUCUGAAAUUAGGCAAAUCUGGGAUUUUUGCACAUGAACACUGGCUUGCUUUUUGAAGUUGGGCAAACUGAAUAAAAUGGUUAAUGACAGAUGAUGUACGCAUGUGGUUGCAAAACUUGUUUUUUUAAUAUUGAUUGUAUGUUUACCAGUGUGGGUGGAGGGUACAAAAAAACAUGCUGGAAACUUUGUACCCUGCAAUGCCCGUUGUAGCAAAUACUCAUUUUUCUAUUGUACUAUGGCAAAGAGUGAUUGAAGGAAGUGGUGCACUGUGUUCUCUAGUCAUGCAUGUAUUUGUCUAAAGUAGUAUGGAAAGCCCCAGUGAGAGAGAAGAAAAGAUUUUACUCAUUUUGACGCAUGAGUGUUUUAUAUAAAAAGUCUCCCUCAAAAGUAAAGUGUAUGCAUAAAUGUCAAAUAUGAAAACCAAUUUUUUAAAACUUCCUAACCUUCCAGUUUUGUUUUAAAAACAACUAAAACCAGAAAAGUAACUAGGAUUCCCAACUGUAACUGUUAUAAAAUGUAUAUGUUAAGUCCAUACAAUUUGUAUUGAUUCUUUAAAUAUUAAAAUUGUCAAUUGGGGAGAAGGUAAACUUUUUUUUUUCUUGAAGUGAGAAUUUUUGUCUCCUUACCUAGAAAUGAAUUGCUCGAAGUGUUGUAAUCCAUAGAGCUUUCUGAGGAAGAAGCCUGAAGUAGUAGUUUCUAGAAUUCAUUCGCAGGUUAAUAGCCUCCUGCUCUGAGUUGUUCCAGAAUAUAAAGUAGAAACUUUAAUUACAAAAUGAAUUAAAAGAAAAGAUAUUAAUAAAUGACCAUAUACUUGAUUCUAGAAUGUCAAAAUGAUUUUACACUGAAGCAAUUUUUCAGUCCAAAUCAGGAUUAAAUCACACUUUCAUGUCGUGGUUAGGACAUCAAAAUAUUGCUGUCAAAUUUUAAUGUAAUGGCAUUAAAUACUUGCUGUCCAGCUAUUGCCUAUUCGUGCACAAGAAACUUCCUCCAAAUUUGAGAUAUGAAAUAGAAGUUUUACUUCUAUAACUGUGCAUAGUCUGACUAGUUUUUGGAAUCUCUGUGGAUUUUGCUUAUUCUUGCUCUACACUUCCCCCCUGUUCCCUGCCCUCCUCCUCCCCCCCCCCCAGUAAUCUCUGUCAAAAAGCCCUCCAAAUAUUAAGCUCUCUGAUUCCACCCCCCCCCAAAAAAAACCAACCUGUUUAUUUAGUAAAACAUUAACAUUUGGUUUCAUUUAUUAAAAAAUAACCCUCUUAUUUAUGCUAAAAGUAUCUGUUUUGGAGUAGGAUGCUGAGUCAAGGAGGUUACCUCUGCCGCAUAGUCUGUGAUGGAGAUUUAAAUAUCUCAGUUGAACAAAUUUAUAGUAGAAACUAUAUGAAUUACAAUGUGCGUUAAACUUCUUAAAAGUGUCUCAAACUUUAUUUUUGAUGCCUUAAGUUACUUUAUUUGUAAUUUUUGUAGCUACUACUUGUGAGCAAAAACUUUAAGAUUAAACCAAACUUCAAAUGGCAUGAACUAGUGUGAGUUCAGUCAAUUAAACUACUGAGCAAAUUAAUAAAUGUGACCAUUCAUUGUUAUUUCUAUCAAAGUAAAAUUCAAAUACUCUGAAUUCUGUUUGUAGGAAACUUAGCUUAUUUGAUUAUUUUUUUUUAACUUGCCUUGUAACUUAAAUGUUUUUGGUAGUUCUAAAUAUGUUGUAAGAAAGUGUACAGAAUCCGUGGAAAAUGUGAAUAAAUGUAUGGGAGAUACAAAA